AUGGACCCUAUGGAUUGUUUUGUUACACCAAGUAGCAUAAACCGGUGCUCAUUCAACCGGCAAAUAUCUAUUGAGACCAACAUAUUCGCAUUUGAUGAUUUGAGUCCUAGUGAGGGAUUUAGGACCAAUGACGACUUUUUAUUUGAAAGUUACAGAGGCAUGGACGACUUGGCGUCACCGCUUACUUCAAGUGAGUCUAGCGCCCAAUGCUCGAAAGAAAUUUUUGGUUUAGUGGAGGAAGAAUAUUCAUUUGAUACAAUCGAUACGAUAGAUACCUAUUCAGAAUUCAAUGGGGGUUCAAUAGUUGAUGAGUUAGGGUUAAUAAAUGAGGUUUCAGAAGGAACGAUCCACCACGAGAAAACAAGCGCGGAGUGGAAGGUUGUGAUAAGAUUUGGGCGAAUGAAACACAAAUACCAGCAAACACUUCUCGAACGAGAGAAUAUUAUAGAAACCAAGGGGAAAAGUGCAACUGGUGAAAAAUCAGGCAAGGGUCUGGGUUUGCGGAAGAGCAAAGAUAAGGCCAAACCUUUUAAGCCGAGUGAAAGAUUCAAUAGUGACAUAGACAGGUCGAUAGAAGAAUUCAGCUCGCAAAUAUCAAAUGUCGAACUAGACACUAGAAUCCAUCUGGAACCCAAUUUUUUCGGGCUUAUUCCUCUCCACAUAAUGAAGCGCGACCCCAAAUAUCGCUUGACGGUUGCAAAACCCAAAGCCACCCAUGAAGACUACGUCAAUAAGAUGAACAAAAUAUCCAAAAUUGAUAAUGAUAAAUACUUCUCCCGUAUCAAUAUCCACGAACUAUCGCAUAUACUCGAGCUCGACAACCUCAACAUCUCGCUAACCCGUGAAAUCGAACUCAAGGUGUUGAAAGUCUUUCAACUCUACUGCAAGUUUGAGCUUGGCCACAAAACUUGGAUCCGUGAUACGAACAAACCACAGCGUAAAGAUCUCAUUACAAAGCUUCGCAACUACAUUUCCACCUGGUAUCCUGAGUUAAAUAAGUUCAAGCUUGAGGUUAUCAUCAGACGGGGAAGCUACAGUAUAAUGCAACGAAGGUUAAGAAGAGAACGUCGUAAGCGAUGUUCAGCUGCUUCCAAACGCCAUACAAUCGCAUAA